GGCCUGUGUUGCUUCUACGAGACAGUUAAAUUGGUGAUCGAGCUGUAGAUAACCAUUACGGCGUUGCCAGAUCCAUUCUAUUCCCUGACUUUGACAGCUCCAUUCGAUGCCUAAUUUACCGUAUGUUUUCAAGUGGUUACCUAUAUCGAGUAAGUGUGCGCGCAACCUGUCAAUUCUGGCGCCGUGUUCAAUAGAUAUUCGGAGCCGGUAUUAAUCCUGGAUCUCAACGAGAUCAUUUUCAAACGCUUAAAAGCCUUCCAAGCCACUUCUACACUCAUGCCAUCCCUCAUGGAUACUGUCGGGUCCUCACUUACUUCCAAGACAUCCGGAUCCUUUGAUGGAAGUAACUUGUAUAAUUGUCAUGUCGAUGUCAGCGGUGUAGAUGAAAGAAAGCUCUUGCGGAAGAUUGACAUUGCUCUGGUACCUUGGCUGUCUUUUUUGUACCUGCUCAGCUUUUUAGAUCGUACGAGUAUUGGAAACGCCAAGCUCUAUCAUCUGGAAGCCGACUUGCAAAUUACGGACAAGCAGUACCUGCUUGCUUUGACAGUUUUUUUCUUUAGCUAUGCUUUAUUUGAGGUCCCUUCGAACGUGUUUCUCAAACGCUUCCGCCCAUCUUUGUGGUUGUCAUCUCUCAUGUUACUUUGGGGUAUAAUGAUGACCGUCCAAGGCUUAGUGCACAACUUCGGUGGUCUUUUGGGUAUGCGAUGGAUGUUAGGAAUGUUUGAGGCUUGCCUAUACCCAGGCGUCAAUUUCUACUUGUCAUGCUGGUAUAAACGAACCGAAUUUGGACUGCGGGCGGCUGUGUUCUUCUCUGCUGCUACCGUGUCUGGAGCAUUUGGAGGCUUGCUGGCGGCUGCCAUAUCAAACAUGGAUGGAGUCGGCGGAAAGCCCGCUUGGGCUUGGAUCUUUAUCCUCGAGGGCGUUCUCACAGUCGUUGCAGCACUUGCUUCCUUUUGGAUCAUUCAAGACUUUCCUGACACGGCCAAGUUUCUCUCUGAAGCAGAGAGGACCGUAGUUGUUCGGAGAUUGCAAGCAGACAGUCAAUUCAGUGCAACUGGCGAGAAAUUCAAGUUAAAAUACAUAAAGCAGAGCCUACUUGAUUGGAAGACUUGGUUCGGGAUGAUGAUUUUCGCCGGGAGUGCUAUGCCAUUGUAUGCGUUCUCGUUGUUUUUACCCUCCAUCAUUAAUGAGCUUGGUUAUACAGCCACACGGGCUAAUCUGCUGACUGUUCCUAUUUAUGUGUUCGCUUGCCUCGUAACAUGCGUUGUUGGAUUCUUCGGUGACAGAUGGGGCCGACGUGGUUAUCUCAAUAUGGUGUUCUUUUCCCUUGGUGCUGCGGGAUACAUCAUUCUUAUUGCCUCGAGAAGUGGCCCUUUAUCAUACUUUGCCGCAUAUCUUGCAACCUGUGGGAUUUUCCCUGUUGUUCCGAACACGGUUGCUUGGUUUUCUAAUAAUAUCGAGGGGACAUAUAAGCGAGGUGUUACUCUGGGUAUGCUAAUUAGCUUGAAUCUCAAUGGCGCCGUCAGUUCAAACGUGUACCGCGCCAGUGAUAAACCAUGGUAUACACUUGGACACGGUAUGGUGCUCAUGUACAUUAGCCUCGGGAUGAUAUCCUCGAUUGCCUGUCUAUUUCUCUUAGACAGAGAGAACAAGAAACGCGAGAGAGGUGAGAGGGACGAGAUAAUUGGCGAUAGUAGCAUGACGGGAAACGAGAAAAAUGGUCGAUUUGCUACCCUCGCUGAUGCGAAAAUGGAGAAAGGCGAUCAAUGGAGUGGAUAUAGGUACACUUUAUGAGCGUGAAAGAUUUGACCUCACUG